GUUCUGUGAGUGCAAAGUUCACGCCGCUGCUAAAGAUGGCGGCCUCCAUUGGCGCGGCGGCCUGUAGGGCUCUGCACAGCCGCCGCCACGGGAAGUUGCUGUCUAUAGGUCGGGGGCUCUUCAGUGGGGCGCGGUGCCUUGUCGCGGAGGGGGAGACGCACUUCGGGUUCCAGAAUGUGUCGGAGACGGAGAAAGGGGAGAAAGUUUACCAUGUAUUUGAAAGUGUGGCCAAGAAGUAUGAUAUAAUGAAUGAUUCAAUGAGUCUGGGGGUUCAUCGGCUCUGGAAAGAUAUCCUGCUGCAUCAAAUGAACCCUUACCCAGGAACUCAGCUGUUAGAUGUUGCUGGAGGGACAGGUGACAUCGCCUUUCGGUUUAUCAAUUAUGUUCGUUCCCAGUGGGAGCACCAGAUCAAACAGAAACUGAAAUCCCAUCAGAAUUUAUCAUGGCAGGAAAUCUCUAAGAGUUACGAGGAAGAGGAACUUAAAUUGCCAGGAGGUUCCCAAGUGGUGGUCUGUGACAUUAAUAAGGAAAUGCUAAAUGUUGGAAAGCAGAAAGCACAACAUCUUGGCUACUCUGAAGGCUUGUCCUGGGUGGUUGGGAAUGCUGAAGAGCUGCCCUUCAAUGACAACAAGUUUGAUGUUUACACAAUUGCCUUUGGAAUACGGAAUGUAACUCAUAUUGACCAGGCACUUCAGGAGGCAUAUCGUGUGCUGAAACCAGGAGGGAGAUUUCUGUGCCUGGAAUUUAGUCAAGUCAACAACCCCCUUAUUUCCAGGCUCUAUGAUUUGUACAGUUUCCAGGUUAUCCCUGUUCUGGGUGAGAUUAUUGCGGGAGAUUGGAAGUCCUACCAGUACCUUGUGGAAAGCAUCCGACGCUUUCCAGCCCAGGAAGAAUUCAAGGCAAUGGUUGAAGAUGCAGGUUUUCUGAAGGUGGAAUAUCGAAAUCUAUCAUCAGGCAUUGUAGCCAUUCACUCAGGUUUCAAACUGUGACCCUCCUACUUUACAAAGCUCUUGAAGGAUAAAGGGUAUUUCCCCUGAGGAAGCUAAAAGCUAUCCAACUCCAAAAACUUCACUGCCAAGAUAGACUGGGGGGAAAGACCUGGUCUCUCUGCAUAAGCUAAAGCUUCAGAUUUUGGGUUUCUGAAAAGUUGAAAUUAUGUUCUUACAAUGAGGUCAGGAUCUGGAAUCCCUCUGCCAAUUAGGUAUUUAUGGAUCAAGUGAUUUCUUGAUGCCUGGCCUGUACUCACUCUGAACUGAUUACCACUUUCCAAAACCUCAGACAGUGACUCAAGUAUUAAAUAUAUGUACUAACCACGUUCAUCUUCUAAAGUACAGUGGUGAGGAUAUGGCAAAAAUCACAUUUAAGACUUAUGUAAGCUUGACAGCAUAUACUCCAUACACCCGUAAUAGAACUGAUGGAAGGUAAACAUGGACCAACUAGCCUUCAAACAAGAUAUCACCCUAUAUUGUAUUGAAGUAAUGACUCUAGUUCAGGGUGGGUAUGGACAUGACAAGUGUGUGUGACAUGUAGGGUUUGUGUAUUUAUUUUAAAGAUCUUAUAUAAAAUUUAAUAUCAGUCUUUCACUUUUGCGUGGAAAAUGUCACUGAUUCCUGAAGACUUAUCUGCAGAAGUAGCAAGUUACUGUUAAUGUAUUUCUUCAGUGAUAGGGACAAAGUUCUGAAAGAAUCUAUUCACUGUCCUCACUUUAACUGUUAUCCUGAAACAGUGCUGUAAUUGUGAAAUACCCUACCCAUCACCUUGCACCCUGUCUUUGGAGAAAUCUUCCACUAGUUUACCUCUGUAUCCUGAGAAGACUGACAAGUUACCAAGAUCCAAGGAAACUUCUGCAGUAGUGAAUAUGAAAAAGCUAAAAAUAUUGUAUUAAAAAUCUUAUGUCUUUAUUUACCCCUUAUUUGAGCUGUAUUCUGGUAGUUUGUUUAGUAAAGUUUAAAGUGAGUAAUUUAAUUCAGUUCUUACUAGCUGCCUGGAGGUUUAGUAAUCUGUGUUUCUAUACCAGAAAGAGUGUAGGACUGAAAUGUGGUAAGUACCAGAGGGGAAAAAUAGGCACAGCCUUGUCUAGCUCAGAAUGCAUAGUUGAUAGAAAAAAUCAUAAUAAGCAGGCUUGAUACAUAAGUUAUUGUAACCUGCUGGUAGCUUGCAAACUAGUAAACAAUCACUGUAGUAGUAUAAAAUAUCUAUUAAAGAAGCUUGGAUGCAAUGUGACUUCA